AUGCCAAAAUUAGUCUUAUUACGUCACGGUCAAUCCGAAUGGAAUGAAUUGAACUUAUUCACCGGUUGGGUUGAUGUUAAAUUAUCUCCAAAAGGUAUCGAAGAAGCUAGAAGAGCUGGUGUCUUAUUAAAAGAAUCCGGUAUUAAACCAGAUAUCUUAUUCACUUCAAGAUUAACAAGAGCUAUCCAAACUGCCAACUUGGCUUUAGAAGAAGCUGGUUUCUCAUACAUUGAUGUCGAAAGAUCAUGGAGAUUAAAUGAACGUCAUUAUGGUGCCCUACAAGGUAAAGAUAAAGCUGCCACUUUAGAACAAUAUGGUCCAGAACAAUUCAAAACUUGGAGAAGAUCUUUUGAUGUCCCACCUCCAAACAUUGAAGAUGAUUCAAAAUUCUCUCAAGCUAAUGAUGAACGUUAUGCUUUAAUUGAUCCAGCUGUUUUACCAAAAACUGAAUCAUUAGCUUUAGUUAUUGAUAGAUUCUUACCAUUCUGGCAAGACACCAUUGCUAAACAAUUAUUAGAAGGUAAAACCGUCAUCAUUGCUGCUCACGGUAAUUCUUUAAGAGGUUUAGUUAAACAUUUAGAUAACAUUUCUGAUGAUGAUAUCGCAAACUUGAACAUCCCAACUGGUAUCCCAUUGGUUUAUGAAUUGGACAACAACUUGAAACCAACUAAACCAUCUUACUACUUGGACCCAGAAGCUGCUGCUGCCGGUGCUGCUGCCGUUGCUGCUCAAGGUGCUAAGAAAUAA